CAGUGCUCCGAACUCAUCUCCGAUGAUCUCCGAUUUGCAGCUGCAGAAGUGAAAAGAGCAAGUGUGUAUUUGUAUGUCGAAUUUCUGAAAUGUAAAUAACAAUUAGUGGAGUACGGUAUAACAUAAUAUGGCACCUACAAUACAAAGUAAUGGAAGUACUUCUGACAGAGAUAAACGUCCUCCGAGACCGGCAGAGAAAAGGUCUGAACUGAUAUGCCGGGUUAAAUACUGCAACACGUUGCCUGAUAUUCCAUUCGAUCCCAAGUUCAUCACGUAUCCCUUUGAGUCAACGAGGUUUAUACAGUACAACCCAACGUCUUUAGAACGUAAUUACAAAUAUGAAGUCUUAACCGAACAUGACUUAGGAGUUGAAAUUGAUCUCAUCAAUCGGGAUACAUAUGCCGGAGAUCCUAACGCCCAGCUGGACCCUGCAGAUGAGAAGCUUUUGGAGGAAGAUGUUCUCACUCCGCAAGACUCCAAACGCUCGAGACACCAUGCGAGAAGCGUGUCUUGGCUUCGACGCACGGAAUACAUUUCUACCGAGCAGACGCGGUUUCAACCUCAAACCAUGGAUAAAGUUGAAGCCAAAGUUGGCUACAGUAUUAAGAAGAACUUUAAGGAAGAGACGCUAUAUAUGGAUCGUGACAGUCAAAUAAAAGCCAUUGAAAAAACAUUCGAGGACAAUAAAAAGCCAAUUGAAAAGCACUACAGUAAGCCAAACGUCGUACCCGUGGAGAUUUUGCCCAUCUAUCCCGAUUUCAAGCUGUGGAAGUAUCCGUGUGCUCAAGUAAUAUUCGACUCCGAUCCUGCGCCAACAGGUCGCUCUGUACCUGCUCAAAUUGAAGAGAUGUCUCAGGCCAUGAUUCGGGGCGUUAUGGACGAAAGCGGAGAACAGUUCGUGGCAUAUUUCUUACCAUUGGACGAGACUUUGGAGAAGAGAAGAAGAGAUUUUACAGCAGGGUUAGAUUACGCGGACGAAGAGGAAUAUGAUUACAAAAUGGCCAGAGAAUAUAAUUGGAACGUGAAAAGCAAGGCCUCCAAGGGAUAUGAAGAGAAUUACUUCCUUGUUAUUCGACAAGAUGGGGUGUAUUACAAUGAACUGGAAACACGCGUGAGGCUCAGCAAACGUCGUCAAAAAGCAGGGCAGCAACCAAACAACACUAGAUUGGUUGUACGUCAUCGACCACUUAAUGCCAACGAAUUUCGAAUGCAACGCUAUCGCGAGAAGCAACUCGAGCCUCCAGGAGAAGAAGAUGAGGACGAGGAAGAUGAAGAGGAAGAAGAAGAGGAGGACCAGCAGGCAGAGCCUGAAAAGACGGAGGAAAAAGUCGCUUCGGACAACGAGCCUGCAUCGCGUGCCUCUUCUCGAGCUUCAUCUCGUGCCUCUAGCAAGAAAUCACAUUCCAAGUCUCGAUCGAAAUCACAGAGUCCGUCUCGAUCGCAAUCUAAGUCGCGGUCACCUUCUCGUUCUCCUAGUAAAUCCCGGUCUCGAUCUGGGUCCCCUCAAUCGAGGAAUUCUUCCAAGUCAAGGUCUCCAUCUAGAUCCCGUUCUGCCUCGAGAUCGCGGACCGGAUCGCCUGCUAGAUCUCGAUCCAGAUCUAAAUCAAAGUCUCGGUCGAGAUCGAGAUCUAGAUCAAAGUCCAAAUCCCGAUCGCGCUCCAGAUCGGGCAGCGGAAGCGGCAGUGGAAGCGCAAGUGGAAGUAGCGAGAGCGGAUCUGAGAGCGAAUAAAUAAUGGCAUUCAAACUUUAGAUUGAGCAAAAAAUGCUGGAUCCAAAUUUUAAAAACGCAUGAUCCUUUAUUGACAAUAGGGUUAAUCUGGUGGUUAGAGGCAGCGAUGCGACGAGUCGAAUACUUUAACAACUCGAGUUACUUGAGUUCGAAGGCAUUGCCAACUCGAGUUUGGACUCGAGUCGAUAAACUCGGUGCUGCAUACAUUCGACGCGGCGAGUAGAGUCCAUAGCGAGUUGGCGAGUGAAACAACUCGAUUGACUACGACUCGAGUCGAAGUGAAAUGACGAGUCGAGUCAAUGGCGAAUAAAAUACCUCGAUUAACGGCGUCUGAAGUUACUCAAACAUUACCAACUCGAAUCGACGACUCGAGUCGAAGUGAAAUGACGAGUCGAGUCAAUGGCGAAUAAAAUACCUCGAUUAACGGCGUCUGAAGUUACUCAAACAUUACCAACUCGAAUCGACGACUCGAGUCGAAGUGAAAUGACGAGUCGAGUCAAUGGUAAAUAAAAUAACUCGAUUAACGGCGUCUGGAAUUACUAGAACAUUGCCAACUCGAAUCGAUGACUCGAGUCAAAGUGAAAUGACGAGUCAAAGCCGAAUAAAAUAACUCGAUUAACGGCGUCUGGAGUUACUCGAACAUUGCCAACUCGAAUUGACGACUCGAGUCAAAAUGAAAUGACGAGUCAAAGGCGAAUUAAAUAACUCAAUUAACGGCGUCUGGAAUUACUACAACAUUGCCAACUCGAAUCGACGACUCGAGUCAAAGUGUAAUGACGAGUCAAAGGCGAAUAAAAUAACUCGAUUAACGGAGUCUGGAGUUACUCGAACAUUACCAACUCGAAUCGACGACUCGAGUCAAAGUGAAAUGAUGAGUCAAAGGCGACUAAAGUAACUCAAUUAACGGUGUCGGGUGUUACUAGAACAUUACCAACUAGAAUCCACGACUCGAGUCAAAGUAAAAUGACAAGUCAAAGGCGAAUAAAAUAACUCAAUUAACGGCGUCUGGAGUUACUCGAACAUUACCAACUCGAAUCGACGACUCGAGUCAAAGUGAAAUGAUGAGUCAAAGGCGACUAAAGUAACUCAAUUAACGGCGUCGGGUGUUACUCGAACAUUACAAACUAGAAUCCACGACUCGAGUCAAAGUAAAAUGACAAGUCAAAGGCGAAUAAAAUAACUCAAUUAACGGCGUCUGGAGUUACUCGAACAUUACCAACUCGAAUCGACGACUCGAGUCAAAGUGAAAUGAUGAGUCAAAGGCGACUAAAGUAACUCAAUUAACGGCGUCGGGUGUUACUCGAACAUUACAAACUAGAAUCCACGACUCGAGUCAAAGUAAAAUGACAAGUCAAAGGCGAAUAAAAUAACUCAAUUAACGGCGUCUGGAGUUACUCGAACAUUACCAACUCGAAUCGACGACUCGAGUCAAAGUGAAAUGAUGAGUCAAAGGCGACUAAAGUAACUCAAUUAACGGCGUCGGGUGUUACUCGAACAUUACAAACUAGAAUCCACGACUCGAGUCAAAGUAAAAUGACAAGUCAAAGGCGAAUAAAAUAACUCAAUUAACGGCGUCUGGAGUUACUCGAACAUUACCAACUCGAAUCGACGACUCGAGUCGAAGUGAAAUGACGAGUCGAGUCAAUGGCAAAUAAAAUAACUCAAUUAACGGCGUCUGGUGUUACUCGAAUCGACGACUCAAUACCGCAUAUUCGGCGCGACGAGUCGAGUCAAUGGCGAGUAAAAUGACUCGAUUAACGGCGACACGAGUUGAAAAGAUAUAACAAUUCGAGUACUUUAUCGACUCGAGUUACUCGAUCAUCGACGAGUCGAGUCAAUGGUAAGUUGGAGAGUAAAACGACUGCAUUAACGACGACUCGAGUCGUAGCGAAAUAACGAAUCGAGUACUUCAUUAACUCGAAUUACUUGAACAUCGACGAGUCAAAUCAGUAGCGAGUUGACGAGCAAAACGACUCGAGUCCAAGCGAUAUAACGAGUCGAGUACUUCAUCGAUUCGAGUUACGCAAACAUUGCCAACUCGAUGCUGCAUAUAUUCAACGCGACGAAUCGAGUCAAUGGCGAAUUGCAGAGUAAAACAAUUCGAAUAACGAUUACUCGAAUAAACAUAUAGGGCUCGAUUGGUAUAUCGGUGUGAGUAAGUCGGUCUCACUCUUAUUCUCGUAACUUGCAUUCGUUUGUACUAAUAACUCGAGUUGCGAUAAAAACGACUCGAGUUGACUCGAGUUAAAAUACUUGACUCGUCUCAUUGCUAGUUAGAGGACACUUUUAGAAUGUUCCCGAAUUACUAACUCAGGAGUAUAGGGUAAAAUAGAGGAUAUGGUACCGUCGGUCAAAUCGUACCAUUACGAUAUUUAAGAAGAUACGUUUAGAAAUAGCCAUUUAACUGAAAAAUUAUAAACCUAAACUUGCAUUAUUUGUUUAUAUCUAUUUGAUGGUAGCAUCGGUGAUUACUGAAGUCAGGGGCAUAUUAUAUUAGUUCGUUAACGUGUUACUAAUUUUACCGCUUUGUCUCUAAUCAGUAUCAACCAUGUGAGGUACGUUCAAACAUUCCCUAGUAGCACCGAAUAAUUUCUAAAUAUUUUUUGUAAUCUUGCUAAACAUCUCAAGCGACAGAUUUUUCAAGAUGUCUUGUAGAUUUCAUUUGAAGAUAUUUCCUGCGCUAAGAUGAAGGUAUUGGGAGAUCUUGGAGAGAAAAUUUAGUUAGCACUGAAUGCAGAUAUGACGGUGGGUGGCACUCUGUAGUCAAUUAGUGUAUCAAAAAUCACGAACCCAGGAGAUUCCUAAUUUUACUUCGACAACGUAAGGUGAAAUGAAACACCCCUCAAAUCAGUUGAUUCGAAUUAGACACUUUUUUCUAAGAAUAUUGGACCAAACUAUCCGAAACAUUGAUACAUAACUCGCGAGCGCCUGAAAAUUAUCCCGACACUUUCAAACUUUGGAUUUUCCACAAAAAAAUGUUGACUUAGCCUAGACCAGAAUCAAAAUGGAGUUGGACUUUCAUAUUUCGAUUGAUAUACAAUUA